AUGGCGUACCCUGCUACGUAUUUAAAAAUAUUCAGAAAGGCAUUUUGCAUAACCCGAAUAACCCGGAAUGUAUCCAUGCCGUGCAGUAUAAAUAGACAUAAAUACUUGUACAUAAAAUCAGUCCCAGGGCAUACUUCCACUGUAAAAGGUCUCCCAUCACAGUUUACUAUUUAUAUUUACAGAAUAAUAAUUUUAUAUGAAUGA